CCGCGGCCGGGGACCUGAGCUCGCCGCCGGGGCAGCGCUCGCGAACCCCCAUGGGCACGGCCGCAGGCUACUUCCCCCCGUGGUAUGAUAUCGGAUUCUCUAGGUGCUUUCACUGAUUACAUUGAAAUGACAGCUCAAACCUCUGAAGCUGUCAUGUCAACUCGUCUAAGUCUCCAUAAACAGUAUUUGCAAGCCUGCCAAGAGUCGAGCCAGACAGAAAACCUUUUCAUUGCCCACAUGCUUGAAGAAGCUGAGAAAGCAGAUAUAACAUUGACAAAAGGGAUCACAUUAAAAAUAGCUGGAAAUAACCGCUUGGUGCCAGUACAGAAAGUUACAGAUGAGGAUUUUCGAAUGCUUGCCUGCAUCUUAAGCAAUAACACAUUUGUUACAGGGCUGGACCUUAGAUAUAAUGUAUUGACUGAUAUUGGAGCAGAGCAUGCUGCAAAAUUCCUUCAGGAGAACUCAACCCUGUGCUACCUCAAUCUGAUGUUUAAUGAUAUUGGCACCAAUGGAGCAGAACAGAUAGCUAAAGCAUUGCAUAGGAAUGAAACGCUCCUGCACCUGAGAAUGACAGGCAACAAAAUUGAAAACAAAGGGGGAAUGUACUUUGCUUCAAUGCUGCAAAUUAAUUCGACCUUAGAGAAGUUAGAUCUUGGAGACUGUGAUCUGGGUACACAAAGUCUAAUAGCAAUAGCAACAGUUAUGAGCCAUAACAAAGUGAUGAAAGCACUAAACCUAAACCGUCCUAUACUGUACAGCCAAGAGGAAGAGACCACAGUUCACACAGCUCUAAUGAUGAAAAAUAACUCUUGUCUUAUGGAACUGCAUUUGUGCAAACAUGAAAUGAAGAACUUCGGUGUGGAGCGUCUGUGUGAUGCAUUGUAUGAAAACUGUAGCCUGCGAUAUCUUGACCUCAGUUGUAAUAAAAUAACUCGUGAUGGUGUGAAAUUUGUGGGAGAACUGCUGAAACGGAAUCAAACUCUGGAAAUCCUAGAUCUUAAUUCAAACAGGAUAGAAGAUGAUGGAGCCAUCUAUUUGAGUGAAGCCCUGGCUUUGUACAACAGGACUCUUCAAGCGUUAGCAGUAGUGAGCAACAAUAUGAGUGGAAAAGGACUUGUUGCUCUUUCAGAUUCAAUGAAAACAAACAUGGUGCUUUCCUACAUUUAUAUUUGGGGAAACAAAUUUGAUGAGGCCACCUGUGUCGCAUUUUCAGACUUAAUUAAAACUGGCCGCUUGAAACCAAAUUGUACAGACGUGGAUCCGUAUGAAGUGGAUGGGCAUGUAUAUCUUGCAGAACUCUCUCAUGGCCUCAAAAGGCAUUACUAUUGGACACCAAGUUAUGGGCAGGUUGAUAACAAAGAUGCUAAUGCCAGUCUUGCAAUAGGAGCAGUUGCAGAACAUUUGUGAACAAGACUAUUGUCUCAAGCGUUUGUCUUCUUUCUGUGCCUACUCAUUUAGUCAAUAUGAUCCACCCUCCCACAGAAUAACAGAGGAAGAACAACCAACUAUGACAGCAGUACUUUGCACUGAUAUCUUCCACAGGUACAGCACAAAGUUUUGGGUUUUAAGUAACAGAUUAUACUGUCCUUAAACAGAGAGUGUACAUUGGUAAGAAAAUCAGGCUUCUAAAAUAAAGCAAAAUUGUCAGGUAGGUACAGCAAUGCAUUUAAAAAGCAACUAUAAGUAUUAUUGUUAGUUGGACUGGGGGGGCAGCCAGGCUCCCAGCAGGGAGCUGCCAACAGAGUUAAGAGACCAGGCUCCCAUGUUGCCCCUCUGGUCCGUGGAAGCACACCUACUGUGCCAUCAGGGUAGAGUGGACAUGCACCACCACAGUAAUUACCUUGAUGGCUGUUAAGUAGACCUAAUAUAGGUCGACUUAAGUUUCUAGUGUAGACAUACCCUUAGUGGAAGGUUUAUUUUAGAAGUAUGAGAGUAUGUUUAUAUUCUUUGUCAAAAUCUUAGAUCAUCCUCCCCUUUUGCUGCACAUUUAUGUUCAAAGUACUUCCACUGAUUAAAUUAACAACUUAUGGAUUGUUAACUAAUAAUUAAUGCUAAUGCUGGAUAAUUGUAUUCAUAAAAAUAAUGUAAGCUUAAAAUGGGCUGUGAUAAGUAACCAUGACUCUGCCAAAAGCAGUGUUUUAAUUGGUUUGAUGAGAGCAAUAACAUCAAACAAAAUGUGAAAGGAUAAAUGGCAUCCAUUUUGAAAAUAAGUGAUGUGUAUUUUCAAAGAACACUUUCACUGCACCUCAUUAUUUAUUUUAGCAGUAAGAGCCUUGGCCUGUGACAGCAUUCUGUUCUAUUGACAUUAUCACCAAAAGUUGUCCACAUCUCUAACACCACUAAUUCCUUCACGUACUUUUUGUGACAGAGUGCUAUAAGAUGACUACUUCUAAAUCUAUUAUAGUACUUAUUUCAGCAGGUUUCUUCAAAAUAACAAAUUCUGU